GAGUGAGAUCGUCCACGCGUCGAGAAGUACGUUAGAAGGGUAGAUUUAGAACCUUGCAAGAACCUUGUGGGAGUAUUCUGUUAAGAAGUUACCGAAAUAGUGCAUCGAGACAAACAGGAUAACAUGCAACUUGAACAGUCGAAUUUCUUUGCAUUUCAUUAACUGUCGCAAAACUCCAACGAUAAGGAAAUCCUCGCGGAUCAUUGCCUUGUUUUUCGAAAAAAUAUUUUCUAGUUCAGUAGGCAUACAUUUUAUUUUGCGUGCCAGCAAAUGCUGGCAUUUCAACAGUUUUACAGAUAUUUGUGUUCAGUUACAACCCACAUGAAGUCAAUUUCAUUGAUCCAGAAACGAUAAACAUUCAACAUGAGAGCUCAAAUAGAAGUAAUACCCUGCAAGAUCUGUGGGGACAAGUCCUCAGGUAUCCACUAUGGGGUCAUUACCUGCGAAGGCUGCAAGGGAUUUUUCCGCCGCAGCCAGCAGAACAAUGCCAUGUACUCGUGUUCCCGCCAGAGGAACUGUCUUAUUGACCGAACCAACCGCAACCGCUGCCAACACUGCAGACUGCAGAAGUGUCUGGCUUUAGGCAUGAGCCGGGACGCUGUGAAGUUUGGCCGUAUGUCUAAGAAGCAGCGAGACAGCCUGUACUCUGAGGUUCAGAAGCACCAGAAGAACCAGGAGGUUCUGAACCAGGAGGUUCUGAGCCAGGGGUGCCUGAACCAGGGUUUGUCCCUGACCAGGGAAGACGUAGCUGGGGGAGACAGUGAGGGGGACAGGCACAGGGAGCUCAGUCACUCCUACAGCAGCGGCGGCUCCAGCUCCACCCUGAGUGACCUGGAUGACAUCCCCGACCUGUUUGACCUGCCCUUGACCCCGGAGGAGGCCCACGAGUACUGCAGCCUGGAGCUGCUGGGAGGCCACGGCGGAAGCACCGGGAACACCUCCAACUCUUCGUCAUCGUCAUCAUCCUCUAACAAUUCGUCCAAUCAGAACUCGCCACAGCAGAAUCUGCUGGAUGUCACAGACGCCAAUGGGAUCAAACAUGAGUACCAGAUGUUGUCGCACACACAAGCCGCGCUGCUGGAGCCACUGGCCGAUGACUGCACUCUUAUGGAUAUAGAGCGUAUCACCCAGAGUGUGGUCAAGUCCCACUUGGAGACGAGUCAGUACAGUUCUGACGACCUGAAGAGGCUGACAUACAGUGGGAUUCAGUACUCACCUGAGGAGACCCGCAACUUCCAGUGCAAGUCUGAAGAGUUUAUGUGGCAGCAGUGUGCCCACCACAUCACCAAUGCCAUCCAGUAUGUGGUGGAGUUUGCCAAACGCAUCACCGGCUUCAUGGACCUAUGUCAGAACGACCAGAUCAUUCUGCUCAAAGCUGGCUGUCUGGAGGUGCUGUUGAUCAGGAUGUGCAGGGCGUUUAACGCUAACACCAACACCAUGUUCUUUGAUGGCAAGUUUGCCUCUGCCCAGCUCUUCAAAGCCCUUGGUUGCGAUGACCUGGUCAGUGCCGUGUUUGACCUGGCUAAAGGUCUCUGCCGCCUGCAGCUGACCGAUGAGGAGAUGGCUCUGUUCAGCGCCGCUGUCCUUCUGUCCCCAGAGCGACCAUGGCUGACUGACAGCCAGAAGGUCCGGAAGCUUCAGGAGAAGCUCUUCCUGGCUCUGCAACACAGUCUGCAUAUGAGCGGGGCCGCCGACGAGAAACUAGACCAGAUGGUGUCCAAGCUGCUGCUGAUGAAGUCCAUCUGUAAUCUCCACGUCGACAAGCUGGAGUUCUUCCGUCUGGUUCACCCCGAGACCGCAUACAGCUUCCCACCACUCUAUCGGGAAGUGUUUGGGAGUGAGAUCUCUCUCCCCGACUCUACAAACAGCUCCUAGAGA